UCUAACUCCUUUAUCCUCACUGUAAGAUUAGUAAAAGCCCUUUAUCCUCACUGUAAUAUUAGUAAAAGCCCUUUAUCCUCACUGUAAGAUUAGUAAAAGCCUAUCCAAAUUUCAGAGCCCAGUUUUCUCCUCAAUCUCUCUCUCCAAAAAGCGCUGAACUGCCCCUUCUUCCUUUGUUUUUAUGCUCCACCUCCUCCAAAUGCAAAUGCAGGCCAAAACUCUCCUUGUUCAGCCCCCUCUCUUCUCUCUCCCUUCGAAUCACGGAAACAAACACACUAUCCGAACCCGCCACCACCACAAGCCCGCCUCUCCUGGCUCAGCUCAUCUCUCCUCUUUUGUAACAAAGGCUAGGCGAGCUCUCCGGCUAUUGGCCACCACCGAUGAAUUCGCGGUCGAGAAUGACGGCUUCCUGGAGGGAUUCAGAGCCCGAGACAAGAUAAGCGAGGAGGAAUCUAGGCGUCGGAAUUGGGUGGAGAGGGGUUGGGCCCCAUGGGAGGAGAUUAUGACUCCUGAGGGCGUAUUUGCUCGGGAGAGCCUCAACGAGGGGGAGGAAGUUCCCCUCCAAACGCAGGAGGCCAUCGAGGCCUUCAAAAUGCUGUCCCCAAAAUACAGGAGGAAGAAGAUGGAGGAGCAGGGGAUGAGUGAGGAUGAGUAUUUGAGGAAGCAGUUUGAGAUAAAGGGAGCGAUUCCGGAGCCCAUAAAGACGACGUGGAAUGGGCCAAUGGUGCUGGCGUUGGUGCCCCCGAGGGAUUGGCCGCCACCGGGUUGGGAGGUGGAUGCCGAUGAGCUGGCAUUCAUCCGUGAGGUGCAUAAGAUGCAGGCCGUGCGGGUUGAUCCCAAAGAGUUGGAGAACCCGAGGGAUGCUACAGAUGCUUCUUUCGCUCGGUAUCAGGUGUUUGUGAAGCAGUACAAGGAGUGGGCCGCCGCCAAUAGGGAGAGGUUGGAGAAGGAGUCUUAUGAGGUUGACCAAGAUUACCACCCUGGUAGGAGGAAGAGAGGCAAAGAUUACAAUGAAAAUAUGUUGGAGCUCCCAUUCUUUUAUCCAGGACAGAUUUGUCAAGGAGUGGUGACCACUUUGCACCUUUAUCAAGGAGCAUUUGUUGACAUUGGAUGUGUACAUGAUGGGUGGGUCCCGAUUAAAGGAAAUGAUUGGUUUUGGAUACGCCAUCAUAUAAAGAUUGGUAUGCAUGUCUAUGUUGAGAUUCUGAUACCUACUGUGAGCAGCGAUACUAGAUAUAAACUGCUUCAAUUCGGAAUGAGGAAAACAAUUGGUGCUGCCUGUUAUUUUACUUUGGCGCUUGGCUGAUGGGUUAAUAAACGUGCAGGCUUGGAGGUAUAGGUGAUACUGAUCAACUGUCAGUUGCAUGUCAUGUACCAUAUUUGUUUGCCUUGUCCUGAGCUGCAUCUGUGCCAUCCACAAAACAUGAUCGGUUGCAUUCUCAUUAAUUCUCCUUUUUAUACAGCCACAUUUCCGAAAAGUUGGACAUGGAGAAAUGUUUUGGGGUCAUCUGGGACUUGGGAACUGCGAAAUACAUUAAGUAGCUGUCAAGGCA